AUGUCAAAAUUUAAUGGAGAGAAUGAGACACUAUUUUGCAGAUAUAUUAUUGUUAAAAGCUAGGUAGAGAGAUAAUUUUUAUUGUUGAAAUAGAUACAAUUGCAUUAAAAAAAAGACUCAAAAAUUUAAGACACCUCAAAAAUAAUUAAAGUAUUUGAAAUUGUCUUUUAUUAUGCAGUAGAAAAUAAGAUUUUAUUACUGCAAUAUUAAGAAGAAUUGAUUUUCUGUUAAAUUUGGUUUGCCAUAUCAUUAGAUAAUGACAAGAGACACUUCCAAGUGAGAGAAAUACAUACUCUCAAUUGA